AUGAAGUUCAAUUACAAGUUCCAAAAUUUGUUGGGUACAGUUUAUAGAAGAGGUGAUAUAGUUUUUACAAAUGAUGGAAACUGUGUGAUCAGCCCUGUUGGUAAUAGGAUUACAAUUUACAAUUUAAAACAGAACAAAAGUAAUACAUUAUCAGUAGAGAGUCAUUUUAACUACACUGCUAUAGAUGUGUCACCAAGUGGCUCUGUUCUUUUAGCUGUUAAUGAAAAGGGUGAAGCUCAAAUGAUCAGUCUUCUGACAUGCACAGUAAUACACAGAUAUAAAUUUAAACAGCAAGUGAAUGCAGUCAAGUUUAGUCCAGACGGCAAAUAUUUUGCAGCAUGUUGUGAUGACACAGUGUUCAUAAUGACAGCUCCAAGUAACUUCACUGGGGAGUUUCGUUCUUUCAUCAUGAAGAGGGUCUAUAAAAAGGCGCAUGAUGAUGUUACAUGUCUAGACUGGUCCACCUGUUCGAAACUAUUAGCCGUAGGGUCUAAGGAUACCACAACAAAAAUAUAUACAGUGGACUAUUUAGAUAACGUGAAUAUGUAUUCUUUAAGUGGUCACACUGACAAAAUUGUUGGGGUUUUCUUUGAAAAGAAAAGUUUAGACCUUAUCACUGUUAGUAGGAAUGGACAAGUUUGUUUGUGGGAAGCGAGUAUAGAUUCAGAUGAUUUGGUUACGUCGGCAGUCCAAAUAUCCCAUAGGAAGAGAAGAAGGCUACAGAAAGAAGACGACAGUGAAGAUGACAUUGAGGAAAAGGAUGUGAUAGAAAAAGAAAAAGAUUAUGAGUCUGAUGAAGAAGAAAAACCAGUAAACGAAAAGAAAAUAGAUGAAGACAAAAGAUUGGCAUACAAGAAGUUGGGACGGCACUAUAUUGGUGAUGCUAUAAGAAAUGCCCAUCACAAAGUAAAACUCUCGGCUGCUCAAUAUCAUAAGGACACUAAGAUGUUAAUUACAGGGUUCUCGAAUGGACUGUUCUUUCUGCAUGAGAUGCCGGACGUAAAUCUGGUCCACACGCUGAGCGUCUCGGAGCACCGAAUCAGCAGCGUGGCAGUGUCACCGCAGGGAGACUGGAUCGCUUUUGGAUGCCCGCAGAUCGGACAGCUGCUUGUUUGGGAGUGGCAAAGUGAGCAAUAUGUAAUGAAGCAACAGGGUCAUUCGUUGGACAUGACCUGCCUCGCGUAUUCGCCCGACGGCCUGUACAUAGUUACGGGCGGGUACGACGGCAAAGUGAAGGUCUGGAACACAAGCUCCGGGUUCUGUUUCGUAACCUUCAACGAGCACAAGUCGACGGUCACCAGCAUCGUUUUCAGCGCCAACAAAAAGUUCUUCGUGUCGUCGUCGCUCGAUGGAACGGUUAGGUGUUACGAUCUUACGAGGUAUCGCAACUUCCGAACGCUAACUUCGCCCAGUCUAGUGCAGUUCAGUUGUGUGGCCUUGGACUCUAGCAGUGAAUUGUGUGCGGCGGGCGGCCAAGAUGUGUUUGAGAUAUUUAUAUGGUCGAUUAAAUUCGGAAAACUUUUGGAAGUACUAGGAGGCCAUGAAGCACCAGUAGCCAGUCUGUCCUUCAGUCCAACGUUGUCUAGUUCACGUCUGGCCUCGGCGGCCUGGGACAAAACCGUACGGCUUUGGAACUGUAUAGAGACCAGCUCCGACUGUGAGACCAUACAGUUGACCUCCGAUGCCCUCCAAGUAGCAUUCCGACCGGAUGGAGAAGAGAUUGCAGUGUCGACCCUGGACGGAAACAUUUCGUUUUUCAACUCCACAACCUGCGAACAGACCGGCAGCAUCGAGGGUCGCAACGAUCUGGGCGCCGGCAGGUCCGAUACGGACCUCAUAACCGCUGAAACUAAUCUUAAAACUAAGGCUUUCACUACGAUCUGCUACUCAGCAGAUGGCAGUUGUAUCCUUGGCGGGGGCAAUUCGAAACACGUCUGUCUGUACAGCGUGAAGGAGUCUGUGCUUAUAAAGAAGUUCGUCAUCACACAGAACCGAUCGCUUGACGCAGUUAAUGAUUUCAUCAACCGUCGUCUUCUGACUGAAUUCGGCAACAUGGCGCUCAUAGAGGAAAGAACGGAGUUAGAAGGCGGCGACGUCAGCAUUCGCCUGCCUGGAGUCAAGGCAGGAGAUAUGGCUGAUAGGAAAGUUAAACCAGAAGUACGUGUACACUGCAUACGGUUUUCUCCAACUGGCGAGAGUUUCGCUGUAGCAGCGACAGAGGGCCUCCUUGUGUACAGUCAGAAUGCCGGAAUCGAUGGAACGUUCAGACCUUAUCGAUUAGAGAGCGGUUCCACUCCGCACGCCGUGAAGAAGCUUCUAGAAGAAGGCUCGUGGGGUCCCGCGCUGAUAGGAGCCUUGCAAUUGAACGAGCACCAAGUUAUUCAAGAGUGCGUCGAGUCCGUCCCGCCAGCAGACAUCGAGUUAACAGUGGCCGGGUUGGAGGAAGAUUACGCAUCUCGUCUCGCGAAUUCGAUUGCGCGUCUUCUAGAAGACAGCCGGCAUCUCGAACAUCUCCUCCUGUGGGUUCGAAGUCUCGUGACGCAGAAAAAGAAGUUCCCGCCAAGCGUUCUGCUUGCUCUGGAGAAGGUCCUCACCGUCAAGUACUCGCAGCUGGGCAAAAUAUGCGAUUUCAACAAAUACACAAUACGUUGCAUAAAGUCCGUCGCGGAGUUCGCGCCAAAACAAGAAGACGUGGAAAUGGACAGCGACAACGAAUCAAGCGGCCGCGGUACUUUCUCCGACACAGAUUAG